AUGGCACCCCCGCCAUCCUCCCUCUACACGCUCUCCUUCGCGAUUGCGACUCUGGCUACUCUGCUCGUUGCUGCAACACUACGUCUACUCGCCAUCCUCCCAAAUGCGCGCUCUAAGUCUACACCACUGCGCAAGCGCCCGCUCGCAACACGCGUCCUCAUCGUGCUAGGAUCGGGCGGACACACACACGAGAUGUUCUACCUACUUCGAGAUCUGGACACACGGAAGUACACACACCGGACAUACGUGGUCAGCAGCGGAGAUGCAUUCUCGGCACAGCGCGCCGCAGAGUUUGAGCGAGGACUUGAGGACAAAGAAAAGGAACGGUUGCGGAAGCAAGAUACAGAGAAAGAGGUAGUCCAUCAGGAUGGCACAGGAAGGAGACCGGUGAUGGAGAUCACAAAUGCAGACGGCACAACGCAUGUGAUGGGAAACACGACGGGCGAGAGGCCGGGAUGUACCGGACCAGACCAUUAUAAUAUCGCUGUCGUCCCUCGCGCACGCAAGAUACACCAACCACUCCUCACAACGCCUCUAACAUCACUUUACACGCUCGUGGCAUCCUUCACGCCUCUCCUCCGCGCACCACCACUUCUAGCCGGUCAAGCCCCCACGACACCAUACGAAGCCACAGCCGCCGAUCUACCGGACCUUAUCAUCACCAACGGCCCGGCCACGGCCGUGAUCCUGAUCUUCGCGAGCCUAAUACUGCGCUACUUCAAUAUCAAGGGCGCAAACAGCAGGGGGAAGUGCAAGACAGUGUACGUGGAGAGCUUCGCACGGGUCAAGACAUUGAGUUUGAGCGGAAAGCUGCUGCUAAGGGUUGUGGAUCGAUUCCUGGUACAGUGGGAGGAGUUGAAGGGCGCGGGAGGACGAGCAGAAUACUGGGGGAUUCUGGUAUGA